AAGGUCUCGGAUCACGCCAUUUGGGCUCAACCGUAAGCCAGUAACUGGCGCUGCACCACUUCCCCAACUCUGCAAUUGUGGAAAUCUGGUUGCUCCUAUUAAUUUGAUUUGGCAUCUCGUUCAGCCUUUUCCCUCUGAGUGACUCAGCGGCCAUGAGGAAGUUACGUGUUAGAGCUGGAUCUGCUCCAGUAAUGCCAGAAAUUAUUCAUCCUGUGAAGUUACUCAUCCCCCACGAUGUUGUGGAAAAUAUAGUGGCUUUCGCUGAUACGCAAACGCUCAAGGCGCUCUCACUUGUCUCUCAGGAGUUGAGGGCACUCUGCAAUCGCUUUCUCUGGAGGGAAUGGUCUGUAGAUAUGCGAGAGGAUGCAUAUGACUCUCAGGUGGUCAAGUGGAUUCUUCUCUCUGACCGAGCGACCUAUGUCCAUCGAUUAUCUAUCACCUUGCCGCGAACCGUGUUGUUCUCUUCACUCCCACAUGAUGCUUCCAUGUCCAAACAAAACAAAUUUCCGCCGCUGGAGCCGUACCUGAAAGGACUUCUUUCCCGUGCUACCCACUUGCGUUGUAUUACUAUAAAUUGUUGUCAAGAUCGAGCCCUUAUCAGCCCCUCCCAUCCCGCCGUUCAGCAAGACCGGUUUAUCACUUUAAUGAUGUCUGGAAUUAGCCAAGAAACACACCCUCACCUAUCCUCACUGGGAUUGAUAUCAAUCAACCCGCACGUAUGCAAGGAGGUUCUGCAACGAAACCUCAAUUUGAAGAGGCUCGAACUCGACGUGGCAUUUCCCAUUGAGCGCCAAGCGAGUCAAACCCCUAUUUCACUUCCAGACCUCAGUCACCUGUCCUUAGGAUACAACGGAGUGUGUGGCAUGUUUGGCGAGUGUCCUUCACUUAUCCAGCUCUGCGUGUUUGUGAGUCCUGAGCUAGUUUUAUUCCAACAAGCUGAGACGAUCUGAAGGAAUGGUUGAUUGCCUGUGUUCAGCGCGUAGAGCUAAACUUUAGGGAUUAUCUUAAUUUCAUAAAACUUAACCCAAAAGUCCGGAUACUCAAAUUAGUCUUCAACGGUCACUGGUGG